AUGGAAGCAUCUAGCGACGAACGACUGAAGAAACGCGAGUUCCAGCCCGGUAUUGGACUUGCGCCUCCCUCGGCGUCUCGGCUGCCGGUCCCACUUACGCAGGGUGCGUCGCCUGGCCGAUUGCCGCUCCCUGGGCGGUCACUGCGGCGGCGCGCGGUCGCCCCGGUCCACGCCUCCGGCAGCACAGCUUCAAUUCUUUCCGCUCCCCGGCCUAGAUCGAGGUCGAUGGUGGAAGGCUUCAAACAACUAAUCUCUUCUCGUCCUGCUACGUUGUCUUUUUCCUCUCACCGCUCUUUUGCCGCCGUCGCCUCCUCGCGGGCGGAUGCGCCGCCGUGCCGCGUCCCCACAGCCGCUCCCGCGGCUCUCGGGCCCUCGUCAGCUGUGCUGUCCUGUGGGCGCCCCGCCGCGUCGGCUUCUCUCGGCCUGGUUGCCUCCGCAAAUACGUCUCCGUUUUCGUCGGGGCACUCGCGUUCUUCGCCGACUGGAUCUCGCCACGCGUCGUCGCUCCCGUCCAUUGCGGCGGCACGUGACUUGGCCGUGUGUCGCGAAUCGACCGGCAGCGAGGAGUACAAGGCGCAACUGGGCGCGCAGCUUCUCGAGAUAGACCAGCGCAUGCUCCCGGACGCAGAUCAAUUCCUGCAGAAGCAAUACCUGCUGGACACGCUCGGCCCGCUUCUCCGCCAGCACAUUGGAGGCCAGCUGGUCCCGUUUGGCUCCUGUGCGAAUGGGUUCUGGGUCCGCGGAAGCGACGUCGACUCCUGCCUCGUCCUCAGCGGCUGUGAAGGCCGCAUCGCCCAACGAGCGAAACUCCGCGUGGUCAGAGAACUGGUUGAGCGGCACCGCAUUGGCCAGGCGACAGUCGUUCCGGCUCAAGUGCCGAUAGCAAAAGUCUGCAACGCCCACGGCAAAGGCCUUAUCGACGUUAGCGUGAACAACUGUACCGCCCUCGAGAACUCGAUGUUCGUUGAGACUUUCGGUGCCAUCGACGACCGCGUCCGUCCUUUAGGGCGCUUCAUCAAGCACUGGGCGAAACAACGGAACAUCAACAACAGGGCGAUUUUGCUGGGCCGCGCCCCCGCAAAGGCGGCAGCUUCUGCUGCCCCUUCUUCCUGUUUCCUUGCCGUGUCUUCUCCCUCUUCGCCGAGUGCGGGGUCCCACCAAGCAGACGGCAAUCCAGCGUCUGAAGAAGACUUCGCUGACUGUAAACGAAAAGAGGAAGAUGCAAGGCAAGACGUGGCUGCAGGCGGCCAGUCUGCGAUGGCGCCGAGAACGCCGGCAGAGGGCCUAAAGCCACUGCCUUUCUGCACAGAUAUAGACUACAUCCGUACGAACCUUUUCCCCGAGUAUGGUCGGAAUAAAGAAACCGUCGGCGAAUUGAUUCACGAUUUCUUCCUGUUUUAUGGCAAACGCAGCAGCAAGCUGUUCAGCCCUCGUGACGGCGCCACGGUCACGGUUGAGGUUUACGACGGGUCCAUCUCAGUAUGCCCGCCUCCGCCUGGUUCUUCCUCGUCUUCGUCGGCCUUGGGCUCGCCUCCUCCCGAGUCUUCCUCGUGUCAUUCUGGGCCGCGCGAUGCGUCAUCCCUCGCAGCGUCGGCAGCUCUUUCACAUGUGACCGCUGAAACGUUGAAGGCCAUAGCACUAGCAGAUCCGCUCGGCGCUACGCCGCAGAGUAGCACAGCUGUCCCUUCCGCUUCCAGUCAGGGUGAAGCAGAAGAAUCGGAAAGCAAGAGGCAAGCAGGCAUGUGCAGUGUCAACGAAUCUGGAGAGUUCGCAUCGCCUCUGAGCAUGGCUCGCCGCGUCCUGAUGAGAUGCCCCCUGACGCGGGCAGUAGUGAACCGGUUCUCUGCUGCAGCGUGGAAAAUCAUCUGCGACGAAUUCCAGCGGGCUGAGGAGCUGGUGGAGAACGGAGCGACGCUCGAGGAAAUAUGUGCGCCCGCGCCGGUUACCCACGACCAAAGGAAAAAGCUAGGUCUGCCAUUCUCCUACGAGUCGUUCGUCCAUCCGACGGAGGUCCGAAGGGCCACUGUCUAA